AUGGAUCUACCGUAUCUCAGAGCCGAGUGUAACACGUUGCAGGCUACCAAAGAGACGUCUGAUCUCGGCGAGGCGCAUGUCCCCAAGGCGGCAUCCGUCACGGCCUUUGGCGAAAUCGAGCACGAGCUCAAGACGCAGCUCGUCCACCUGCGCCACGAGCACGACAAGCACGAGCCCGAGAGCUUUGCAGUGGCGCGCAACAUCAGUGACCACGACCUGGCGUCGUUUUCGGCUGACGACUUUGUGCUCGUGCGCGUGGCCUCGACGGCGUAUGGCUUGAUUCUGUUUGGCAAGCUGCGCCUUCCGGCCCUGGCGCAGAGCGGCAGCCGCACCGCCUAUGUGCACUUCCGUGCGUUCUCCGAGGGCCCGGACCAGCCAGCCAAAUUCCACAGCUUCCACACGGCCGACAUUGAGUCCGCCGACGGACACAAGUCGUUCCGGUCGCUGUUUGCCAAGGACGACCCGCUGGACUGGUUUGAUGCGUAG